GUACACAAGAAAUAAAAGAAGCAAUAAAGGAAAUAGUACAGGAAGUAAAACCGAACGAGGAAAAUUAUAAGGAAAUCAAAGAACAAAACGAAGGGAAUAUUAAAAAUGUACAAGAAGUUUUUGAACUUAAUCCCUGGUUGUUGGAAAAAUUAACUGAUGAACAACUAAAAACAGAAUUCAUUAAACUUCUCUAUAACCGUGAACAUUUAACCGGCCGUCUUCUUACUGAAUUAAGAGAAAAACAUCUCCUAUCAGAAGAAAACAAAAUUCUUGAUAAAGGUGUACGUUACAAAAAUAAGGAAAUCACAAGAAUUUGUGUUUCCAAGUGUUAUCCUUUUGACUCGAUUAGACAUUUAGAUAAAAUAGAAAUUAAUUUAGAGGAAGUAAAGAAUGUGCUUUUUGAAGAGGUUGGAAAAGAUGAAAAGAAAGACAAAAAAUUUCAUUAUGGAACCAAUCAUGUGAGGAAAUAUUCUCCAUUGUUAAAUGAAAUUAAAGAAUUAUGUAAAGAGUCGGGACAAAAAGAACUGUUAAUUAAGCAAUUGCAAGAAGAAAAUAAAAAAUUGAUAGGGCAAAUUAACAAAGAAUGCAAUUACAAACUUUACCUAUCCCAAACUGUUUGUUUUGCAAGUGGCUUAAUGGGAAAUGAAAUUCUUGUAAAUAAAAGCAAUUUCCCUUCUUCUAAACUACAACUUGCGGGUAGAAAGAUAAAAAUUGAUAAUGAUUUACUUUGCUAUUUGUCCUCUCCUGAUGAUGUCUUAUUUGCCGGAGUUAGACUAAUAGAAUUAAGUGCAGAACAGAAAUUAGAUCGCCAAUCUGAACUUCGGAGUCAAGAGCAUCAGACGGCCAGAAGGGAAAUUGAACUUCUGAUUAGGCAGAAAAGGGAAAUUCCGAAAGAAGCGUUUGUCAUUGCCCGAGAACACAGUUUUCCUAAAGAAAAAGUUUAUCAGAUUUGA